GUCCAUCGAAAUCUUAGGUAGCGUAUGCGCUGAGUGUAUGUAGUCGUGUAGGCACAACGCAAGCAUGAGCCGUCAAUGUCUCGAUGAGAUCGAAACAACCGAUCGUCAUGUCAUGACACAGGUAGCGACGCAGGCAGCUACACACACAGACGCACGCACAGGGGCAGGGCAACAAAAACGCCACGGCCAUGCAAUCAAUGCACACGCGCACAGCAUAUGAUAUAUGUGCGCAAACAUGCAUUCACUUGCGCACUGACUGGCGACCUGCGUGUCCGUCAGGUCAGUCAGUCUGUCUGCCUGUCUCUGAGUGUGUGAGAGUCUGUCUGUCUGUCAGUCAGUCCGUGCCGCAGCUAUUCACAGCUCAAAACAGUCUAGGUAGGGAGGAAGACAGACAGAUAGAGAGAUCGACAAUGUAUGUCUGUAUCCGUCCGCGGGCAUCCAUCCAUCCAUCACAUGUAUGUAUCACAUCUGUUUAAAUACAUAGUCAAUGCCCGUAAAGACGCCUGAACAUGCAAUAAAACCAAUCAACACAAACCACACUGAUUGUUCCGUCCGUCUGUGUGCGUGCGGCGUGCCGUGUCGCCUGUCUGUCUGUCUGUCUGUCUGUCUGCCCAUAUAUCCCGCCUGGCCUGGAUGGGAUGCCAUCAAUCUAUCUCUUUUCUCUCUAUGCACGACUGACUGACAUGCGUCCCUACCGUCCGUAGGUAUGUACCUGUAGCGACGAGUGAGUAUCUGAUGGCAGCCUUCCAAGAGGUGGUGAUCUUGAAGAGACCCCCAGCCAGCGCACCAGCUAUCGCCGCAUUGCCAAUGUCGUCAGCACCACGCACCCAACCAAUCAGGUUGUUAAACCCCACAUAGAAACCAGCUGAUGGAUGGAUGGAAUUCAUUUACACAUACAGACAUCCAUCCAUCCAUCCAUCAUACAUAUGCACACACAAACACAGACACGUAAGAAAGACAUAUGGAAGGAAAAGGAGAAAUGAAACAGAGUGCAGUGGCUGUGUUUUUGUGUGUGUACCGAUGACGGCGCAUUGGUUGGCGAGAGCUGGUCCGUGUGUGCUGGUGGAGUUGAGGACGCUGUUGAAGAAUAACCUGGACGUCGCCCCGCCCUUGCGCAAGCCCAUCACCAAACCAUAACCCCCACCGACGGCCAGACCUGCACAGACAUGGACACACAGACAGACAGCUAGCUGUACAGUCAGUGAAUGGCAAUGAUGGACAAGUGAUCUGCGUGCCCGCCCUGCCCGCCCCCCCUCGAGACGACACGACACGACAGCCACGUGCUAUGCACAUCACAUAGUAUGGAUGGCUCCCUCCCUCCCUCGCUCCCUAAUCAAUCACCUGAAGCAUAUGCGAGUCCCACACUGUAUGUGAGUUUCUCGCCCCAUUGUCGGCCGUAUCCAUGAAGGUACAGGUCGUCCUUCCUCGCCGUUGUCGCCAGACUACCUGACGCCGCCGGCCGCCGCUGCGACAGGAUAUCCAGGUUGCUCCUGAUGCCCUGCAGGCACCACAACCACACCACCAGCACAGCAACCAGCCGAGAUCGCAACACACACAAUCAAGGGGCAUCCAGCCACGCCGCGAUCGAGUCAUGCAACGAGGGAGUGAGGUGCGGCCGUGUCUUCCGUGCCGCCUCUGAGGUGCGGGCGUGUCUUGGGCUUACCCCGGUGUAUUCGUUCUCCAUGGCGAGCAUGCCAGCGGAUGUCAGCAUGUCAUCCAAGAUCUCCAAACACAGAG